CACAAAAUGGUGAUUGUCAAGAAGCAGGAAGAUGAAUUGAAGAAAGGGAUAGCAGAUUUCUACGACGAAUCUUCUGGAAUAUGGGAAGACAUGUGGGGAGAGCAUAUGCACCACGGAUUCUAUGACGGCGCCGCCUCAUCCUAUGAUGAAGUCGAUCACCGUUAUGCUCAGAUCCGCAUGAUUGAAGAGGCUCUCCUUUUCGCUGGAAUUUCUUCCGAUGAUCAUAAGCCACCCAAAAGAAUUGUCGAUGUUGGAUGCGGAAUAGGAGGCAGUUCUAGGUAUAUGGCAAAGAAGUAUGGAGCAGAGUGUGAAGGAAUCACUUUGAGUCCUGUCCAAGCAAAAAGGGCUGAAGAACUUGCUGCUGUUAAAGGUUUAGAACAUGUGACAAACUUUCAAGUUGCAGAUGCUUUAGAACAACCAUUUCCAGAUGAUGAAUUCGAUUUAGUUUGGUCCAUGGAAAGUGGAGAACACAUGCCUGAUAAAGCAAAGUUUAUAAAUGAGUUAACUCGUGUAACAGCUCCAGGUGGAAGAAUUAUAAUAGUGACUUGGGUUCAUAGGGAUCUUUCACCAGGUGAAGAAACAUUGCUUGAAGAUGAACAAGUAUUACUGAAAAAGAUAUGCAAUUCUUAUUAUCUUCCUCCAUGGUGUUCUUCAUCUGAUUAUGUGAAACUUCUUCAUUCACAAUCUCUUAAGGAAAUCAAAGUGGCUGAUUGGACUGAUUAUGUUGCACCUUUCUGGCCUGCUGUUAUCAAAUCAGCACUAACUUGGAAGGGUUUUGUUUCAUUGUUCAGGAGUCCAUGGAAAACCAUCAAAGGGGCUUUAGUUAUGCCAUUGAUGAUUCAAGGUUACAACAAGGGUUUGAUCAAAUUUGCCAUCAUUACAUGCAAGAAACAGAUAGAGACUUAAA